AUGGCUGACGGGAGAAGACAUGAACACGAACCGCUCCUCACUGCCAUGGAGCGACAACAGGCCGACGAGCCUGCCACCACCCGGGCGAAUCCCACCGAGCACCCCGAUGCGCCGCUCGCGGAUACCGCACGUCGCGAGCUCGAAGUAGACGACGACUCGUCUUCCCAAUCGACGCCCCGGUUCAUGCAAGACGACGGAUCGUGGAAGAGGUGGAGAUGGGUGCCAUACCCGGUGCGCCGCAUCGUCAAGGCCACCGCGAAGUGGUCAAAGGGCCCGCCGAACCCGCGGAACUACAAGAUCAAGCCCAUAUUGCCACAAAUCCAAGAGUUCCCUCUCGUCCUCAUCGAUCGAUACCUACCGUUGUUCAAACACCGCGUUGGCCUCGUCUUCCUCUACGUCGCCGUCUGGAUCGUUACCUUCGCUCUGGUCAAGAGGAGUGAGACCUUCGCGACCGAGGUCGAGGGAUGGGGGGCGCCGCAGCAGAUCGGCUGCGGCGCGACAUACUGGGGUCGGGGUAACAACUGCGGUCUCAACGGCGCUGACUGCCGCCCUUUCAAUGGCAGCGGCUUCCCUUUUAGGUGUUCGGCCAACUGCGCCGGCUACAUGGUCCUGAACCCUAGGGCUGUUGGGGACCAGGAGAUCGUCUACCAGUCGCUCGUCAUCGGCGGGCCGACCGACAAUUCCAGCACACCCAUCUACCGUGGCGAUUCGUUCCUCUGCAGCGCCGCCAUCCACGCCGGUGUUGUCUCCAACGAGAACGGAGGCUGCGGCGUGGUCCGCCUUGUCGGACGACACGAGGGCUUCCCCAGCUCCGAGAGAAACGAUAUCGAGAGCAUCAGCUUCGAUUCCUAUUUCCCGCUCUCUUUCACUUUCGAACCGGGCAUCCAGUGCAAGGCUCGGGACCUCAGGUGGAACCUGCUGGCGAUCUCCCUCGUCUUUACGACAAUCCUCUCCCUGGUCACGGCGUCGCCCGUGCUCUUCUUCUUUUCCAUCUUCACCGGUGUGUUCUGGCAUGUCGGGCUUGCCUCGGACCCGCCCAACCACUACUCUGUCGCCGAUCUCGUGUCCAACAUCAUCGGCAAGUUCCUCCCCGCCAUGUUCUGCGCCUGGGUCAUGUACGACAAGAUGGGCGUCCGGCGGACGCUCACCGGCCUUACGGCUCAGGUCGAGAAGACCGUCCUGUGGCUCGGCGGAUGCUGGGUCGGCGCGCUCAGCAACUACACCUUCCGCUGGAUCCCGAUCCAGCGCCUCAACGCCCACGAUCUCAACCAGCAGCCGGGAGCCAAGGCGGCCCUGGCGGCCAUCAUCAUCGUCCUGGUCGUCAUUAUUGUUCAACAGGUAUGGUAUUUCAGACAGGAGGGUCGUCUGCUGAAAUACCUGAAGCUCUAUCUGCUUUUCCUGGGCGGCAUCGUGGUCUGCCUUGUCUUGCCGGACCUAAGUCUCCGUAUCCACCAUUACAUUCUGGCCCUGCUGCUACUCCCGGGCACGAGCAUGCAGACCAGACCCUCCCUGCUCUACCAGGGCCUCUUGGUCGGUCUCUUCAUCAACGGCAUCGCCCGCUGGGGCUUUGACGCCGUUCUGCAGACGCCCGCGGCCCUCCAGGGCGACGCGCAGCACGGCUCGGUGCUGCCCAGCAUUCUGCCGCCCAUUGUCGAUCUGGGACAGGCCGCAUGGAACAUCAACUUCACCUGGAACAACCCGCCCGUGGGGGCGCGGUACGACGGGAUCAGCGUCCUGGUCAACGACGUGGAGCGCUUCCGCUCGUAUUUCGACGACGGGCCUGUCCCCGCCAAGAGCUUCGUAUGGACCCGCGAGAGCGACCUCGGGUUGAACGAGUACUUCCGCUUCGGCUUCAUGGAAGGCAGCACGAGCUACGAUUACACCAAAGCCGGCAUUUGGAACGCAGAAGGUAAAUGGAUAGACAUGAAGCCGGGCCCCUCCAUGGUCCGGGCCCGGUCGCUGGGAGACGAGGACGACUUUGUGCCGCGGUGA